GACCUACAACAUAUGCGGUUAGUCGGGCAGUCGCGUGUGCGACCUGAAUUGUACAAACAAGUGCUUUAUCAUAUGUGUUUAUUCUUCUCUCUCCGUCUAUCUCGGGUAAUUACUUACAAUGUAUGACAGCAUGACCUAGAAAACGUAUAGACUUAAAUAUACAUCUGGUACUGUCCACAGUAGCUUGUUCAGAAGCAUAUCUAACGGUAGUUACAUAUGCAGUAUUCGUAUAUAGGAUUAUAUAAGUCAUUUAACGUUAAGUUAAGUUAAGCAAGUAACUUCCACGAAGAGAUGUAGUUACGAGCUGGCUGUUGUAGCCUAGCUGUUUGCAGUUAUGUGAAUCAUAUGCAGCCUGCAAUGUGAAAGACAGCGGCUGCUCAAGCUGUGACAGGAAUUUCUGAAUCAUAAUAAGAGGUGUGCUGGAGCCGUUAGCUACAGAGUGAAGGAUGAGUUACUUUAGCUAUGUGGGCCGCCUUCUCUCCAACGUGAAGGGCUUCUACAAUGAGAUCAAUUCUGCCACGCUGACAGGGGCGAUCGACGUUGUGAUUGUGCAGCAGGAAGAUGGCAGCUAUCUCUGUUCCCCGUUUCACGUCCGCUUCGGCAAGCUGGGCGUUCUGCGCUCCAGGGAAAAAGUGGUGGACAUUGAAAUUAACGGAGAGCCCGUCGACUUGCACAUGAAGCUCGGGGAGACUGGAGAAGCGUUUUUUGUCAAGGAACUUGAAGAAGAGGCUUUCCAGGAGAUUCCGCCUUAUCUUGCCACUUCCCCGAUUCCUUCCACGGCAGACCUCAUGGAGCAGGGCGUCCAGGAACUCCGGAAACAGGCUCAAAAGGCUGAGCGUGAAGAGUUGACCAAUCAGAAAGAAGCACCUAGAGAUGACCAAGCCCCAUCGUUGAGCUGUGAGAAACAGCUUGAUGAAACAUCAUAUAAGUUCAAAUCUGAGCAUUCCAGCAGCAAAACACAGUCCAAGCAGGUGAAACUUCCUGCCAAUAAACAGGUUUCACAGUUAUCAGUGUCGGGCAAAUCCAGUAAAACAUCCCCCCUGUCCAAAAACAGUUCCAAGGACUCUUUCGGAGAAAGCGACAACUCGUCUAAAGAAUCCGGAUCAAGGGACACAACUCCCAAGGUGAAACGUCGGGAAGACAAACCUGCUGCCGAAGAGCUCACAAAGUCGAAGCGGCGAAGGAAGAAAAAAAUGCCUUACAAGAAGAACAAUUCCAGACCUUCGGCAAAGUCAAGCCCCGACACGGAAAUAUUUGAAAUGGACGUAACGUCUGAUGAAGAAGACCUGAAGCUUCCGCCUGCGCCGCCAAAUAUGGUGAAGUCUGUCAGUUUGCCGCUGGCCGAGGAAGACAGGAUGGACCGUACAGAUAUAUGGGCGAGCAGUCAGUUUGAGGCUCAACUUCAUCCGUUCAGCGACACUGAUGUCACACCUGUAGGAAGUCCCUCAGCAACGCGGUGCCCGAGCCCAAGCUGUAAGAGUGACACAGAGUGUGAAAGACAGCGUCAGGAGGAGACGGAGGUGGAGCAUCUGCUCCAGCCCCCCGACACGUUGUGGGAGUGGGGACAGCUGCCCCAGCCCCUCCCUUCCACAUCACAGGACCAGACCCCGACCACUAAAGACCAACCUGCCUCCACAAGCCCACAAGGCUCCAAUUCCGUAGUGAAGCCCCAGGCUCAGGACUCCGGGGGGCUGUUCUAUUUCAUGAGGAAGACAAAGGCGAUACGCCACAAGCCUGAGGAGGAAGGUAUUUACCUGGAAGAUCUGACCAAAGAAGAAAUGGAUCCUGAGGUCGCCAAACUAUACUUCCCCAAAAGUUCCUUCCACUUCAUGUCUAUCAAAGAGAAAGAAGAGGACGCAGAAUCUGGGCGGGGCGCCUCCCUACCCCAGUCCCCACACUCUGUUGAGGGUGCCAUCGGGGGCCCACCCGCCAGCUACCUCCUGUCAGAAGUACGCCACCUGGGGGAAGUCUCGCUGUCCCUCUGCGGAGGACUGUCAGACAUGGACGGCCAGGUCUCCAUGGAGAACUUCAUGCAGAAUGUUGUGACCUUUGACACACUGUGCGAGGACCUCAGUUUGGUACAGCACCCGGACCUGGUGGUCAGGAUAGGAGACAAAUUUUACAACUGGGCCACGGCUGCACCCCAGAUCUUAUCUCUAGUGGCUUUUCAGAAGUAUUUGCCAGAGUCUGCGGUCCAAAAUUUAAUCAAAGAGCACAUGCCAAAAAAGAAAGGGAAGAAGACAGGCGUGACGUCCUGGUUCUCCUGGAGACGGGCCCCGCCUGAUGAAACCCAAACAACAUCAGCGUACUUAACAACGACGACAACUGUGCAGCACACCACUAUAGCACCGUCUUCAGAUGGCACAGUGACAUCCUGUAGCCCAGGGGAAGUGACCUCGGCACCAGCUGCAGAAGUCAUCAGCACGGUGAAUGCUGUCACCGUGCCAGCUUCAGAGGUCACGGCAAGCGCUGAAUCAAAAGCUGAGGCAACGCCUAUUGCGAAAAUUUCAGUCAGUGCCACGGUUUCAGUUGGUGCAGGUGCACCGCUUGUCAGCGAUGCUGCCCCAGUUGUUAGUGUUGCUGAGCCUGUUGUCAGCAUUGCUGCACCAGUUGUUAGCGUUGCCAUGCCGACUGCCAGCGUUGCCUCACCAGCUGUCAGCAUUGCCGCACCGGCUGUCAACACUGCCGCACCAGUUGUGAGUGUUGCUAUAGCGACUGCUGGCGUUGCCACACCAACUGUCAGCGUUGCUACUCCGGCUGUUAGUAUCUCAUCGCCAUCAGGUAGCAGUGCUGUCAUCAUGUCAACUACUGUUGCUGUGGCAACCAGUGGUGAGGCUCCUCCCAUCUCCACAUCCAUAGUGGCAGGGAAGGUACCUGUCCUGAACAAUGCCGCCACGGAAUUGGUGACCGAGGUGGUGGUGCAGUCCUCAAAGAAGGUACAAAGUGAAGCUUUACUCAGUGAGGUGCCACCUAGUCCUGCUUCAAGUGCUCCCAGCAGUCCCAGGAAACCAUCUCAUGAUGCAACUAAAAGGUUGAAAGACGAAGACUCCAGUGAUAAUGAGACGGAUUCCUCUGACAAAAGCAUGUCUAGAACGGAAGUCCAGAGUAUCAGUUCCGAGUCAGCUGACGUUCCCAACAAGAAGUACCAAAAAUCUCUACGCCUCUCUUCCGACGAAAUUAUAAAGCUGAAUCUUCACGAAGGUCAGAAUGAGAUCACGUUCUCAGUGACCACUCAGUACCAGGGCACCUCACGCUGUACCUCUCACAUUUACCUCUGGAGAUAUGACGACAAAAUCGUUAUCUCGGACAUCGAUGGCACGAUUACCAAAUCAGACGUCCUUGGUCAGAUUUUGCCGAUCCUGGGACGGGACUGGUCACAGUCUGGAGUGGCUGAACUCUACACUAAGAUCAGUAACAACGGCUAUAAGUUCAUGUAUCUGUCGGCCAGAGCCAUUGGUCAGUCCAAAGUCACCAAAGAUCUGCUGCGCAACAUUUGCCAGGACAACCUGGUAUUGCCGGAAGGUCCCCUGAUGCUGUCACCUAUCUCACUGAUCAGUGCAUUCCAUAGGGAGGUGAUUGAGAAGAAGCCUGAGGAGUUUAAAAUCAGCUGUAUGAGUGACAUCGGCCAGCUCUUCCCUCAGAACCAAAGGCCCUUCUACGCUGGAUUUGGGAACAAGAUCAACGAUGCUUAUGCGUACAAAGCCCUGGACAUACCCUUCUCUCGAAUCUUCACAAUCAACCACAAGGGGGAGCUGCGACAUGAAAAAAUUCUCACCUUCCAAUCAUCGUAUCACAAGCUGGUGGACGUGGUUGAUCACUUCUUCCCUCCCUUACAGAGGAUCGUGUUCGGAAAAACAAUUCUCCAUUCAGAGUUGCUCGUCCCGAAUGAGUUCCGGUCUGUGUCGUACUGGCGUGAACCCCUGCCAGAGGUGUCAUUGCAAGGCCUUCUGGAGGUCAAGCUCACAGAAAACAAGGUCAUUUCCAGUCAGUCUAAUACGGAGAAAAAGUAACACCCCCGCAAAAGGUGUCAAGAAAUAGUAUACUUUAAUACUUACCUGUAUGUGUGAGUUUACAUCAGUUAUUGUUCACUGGUCCAGAACAAGA